GUCACGUAGUGAGUGUUCUUCCAGCGGGCCGCCAAGUGAGACUCGCAGCACCGCGCAGUCCAAUAUUCGACCUCUGCACUUCCCAACAAGUAUAUAAGGUGCAUCCGCAGGAUCUACGAGCACUACGGAGAAUCGAGGGGUGCAAUGACGGUCUUGUACUUUCUCUCGCUCACACUCCUCCCUUUCACGGCUGCUUCUCAGCAUUCUUUCGGCGCUCAGACUCGGAGUUCAUUGGCUAAUCAGCCCUACGACUCCGGACUGUUCAGCCCUGUAGAGGACUUACACAAUAUCUCUCCGUCGCAAUAUACGAUCCUGCAGCACCCAAGCUUCCCUGCGCACAGCGUCCGCAUCAAAGAGAGCAAGUUUUGUGAUGAGGAAGUACAAGCAUACACCGGGUACAUUGACAUUGAGGCUCGACACCUGUUCUUCUAUUUCUUCGAAAGCCGACGCGAUCCCGACUCUGACGAUGUCAUCUUUUGGACGAAUGGCGGCCCUGGCUCGUCGUCAUCAUACGGCCUUUUCAUGGAACUUGGACCAUGCCGCGUGACUGGAGCAAAUACAACAGCGCGCUUUGAUUACUCCUGGAACGAGCAUGCGAACAUCUUCUUCAUAGAUCAACCCAUCGGAGUUGGCUUUUCGUAUGCGGACUACGGCGAACAAGUGGACUCAACUUUGGAGGCGGCCAGGGACAUAGCCGCAUUCGUUGCCAUCUUCUUUGAACACUUCACAAAGUUCAAGGGACGCCCAUUCCACAUGGCCGGCGAGUCGUACGCUGGACGUUACAUCCCGGUAUAUGCCUCAGAAAUAUACGACCGCAACGCGGCGCUAGAGGAGGCGGACAUGACUCCCAUCAACCUAACCUCCAUCAUCAUUGGCAAUGGCCCACAAGAUUUCUUCGAGAUGAUGUUGUCGCUCUAUGAGCUCCAGUGUGGAUACCAUGGCUAUCCCCCAUUCAAGAGCAUCUCAGAGUGUGUCCAUCUGAAGCAGCUGGUCCCUCGAUGCAGGAAGCGGGCACAGCAGUCUUGCAAGGACACUCUCGAUAUCCUUGAUUGCUCCGCGGCGUGGGAGUUCUGUUGGGACACGUUCGCCGGUUGGAUCGGAGAACGAAAUCCAUAUGACUACCGGCGGCCCUGCACGGAUGUCGGUGGAGAUUCCGAAGCCUGCUACCCCUCACUCCAAAACAUCACUGUCUACCUGAACCAACCACACGUUCAGUCCAUCCUCGGUAUCGAUCCUGGACACAGCAACUAUACCUUAAACGACAAUGCAUUGAAUGCGCGGUUCUCACCAGUGGAUACCUUUGCUUUCAGGGCGGAGCAUUAUACGGAAGCACUGCUCGAGCGUGGAGUGCGUGCUCUUAUCUAUGCCGGCGACACCGACUAUGUCGGGAACCACAUCAUGGUUGAAAGGGGCACUCUCAAGCUCGAAUGGUCUGGUCAGGAAAGGUUUGCGAAUACACCCCUGCGGGACUGGCUGGUCGACGGAGAGAUCGCCGGCCGCACAAGGACUGAGGGCGUCCUCACAUUCGCGACUGUCCACGACGCUGGUCAUCUGGUGCCUUUUGACCAACCUAAACGCGCUCUGGAACUCGUGAACCGGUGGCUAGCAGGAGAGGCACUCUGACCGUCCGUGCGGUUUGGUCGUAUUCACUUUUGGGAAGUUACUAGUAAUGGUUCCAGUGGCCCUGCUUGUACAACGCUGCGUAUCUUGACUUUAGCGAAGAAGCACUCCAUCAAUGUCAGGCCCCUGUUAC